AAGGAAAAAAAACUCGCCUCUAUAAAUAAGAGAUAUCUGCGCCUGCUGAAACCCAAACCAUUCAGAACCUUUUGAUAACACGAAUUCAAAGAUACGCAAGAAAGAAUGGAAAAUGGUAGUAGGAACGUGCUGAAGCCGAUGGACUCUGAGCAACUGAGGGAGUAUGGACAUCGAAUGGUUGAUUUCAUUGCUGAUUAUUACAAAACCAUCGAAACUUUCCCUGUCCUUAGCCAAGUUCAGCCUGGUUAUCUUCACAACCUUUUGCCUGAUUCAGCACCUGACCAACCUGAAACGGUGGAACAAGUUCUUGAUGAUGUUAAGACGAAGAUAUUGCCUGGAAUAACGCAUUGGCAAAGCCCCACCUUCUAUGCUUAUUACCCUUCUAACAGCAGCGUUGCAGGGUUCUUGGGUGAGAUGUUGAGUGCUGGUCUUGGAAUUGUUGGUUUUAGUUGGGUCACUUCUCCAGCUGCCACUGAGCUCGAAAUGAUUGUUCUUGAUUGGCUUGCAAAACUGCUCAACCUGCCCGAGCAGUUUCUCUCCAAAGGAAAUGGAGGUGGAGUGAUCCAAGGGUCAGCCAGUGAAGCUAUUCUUGUUGUUAUGAUUGGUGCUCGCGAGAAGGUCUUAAGACGCGUUGGUAAGAACGCGCUUGGGAAGCUCGUUGUGUACUCCUCUGACCAGACACAUUCAGCCCUACAGAAAGCUUGCCAGAUAGCUGGAAUCCAUCCAGAGAAUUGCAGGGUGCUGAAGGCAGAUUCCUCUACAAAUUACGCUUUGCGUCCAGAAUUGCUUCAAGAAGCAGUUUCUAAGGAUAUUGAAGCUGGACUGAUUCCGUUCUUCUUAUGUGGCAAUGUUGGGACCACUUCUUCAACAGCAGUUGAUCCAUUAGCUGCACUGGGAAAGAUCGCAAAGAGCAAUGAGAUUUGGUUUCACGUGGACGCAGCGUACGCUGGAAGUGCGUGUAUAUGUCCAGAGUAUAGACAGUACAUUGACGGAGUAGAAACUGCAGACUCUUUUAACAUGAAUGCUCACAAAUGGUUCCUCACUAAUUUUGAUUGUUCCCUACUUUGGGUCAAGGAUCAGUAUGUGCUCACUGAAGCUCUGUCAACAAAUCCAGAAUUUCUCAAAAACAAGGCCUCUCAGGCAAACUUAGUUGUUGAUUACAAAGAUUGGCAGAUCCCUCUCGGACGAAGAUUCAGAUCAUUGAAACUAUGGAUGGUUUUAAGGCUCUAUGGAGCUGAGACCCUGAAGAGCUAUAUAAGAAACCAUAUCAAACUGGCUAAAGAUCUCGAACAACUUGUCUCUCAAGAUCCUAACUUUGAGGUUGUGACUCCUCGGAUAUUUUCACUCGUCUGUUUCCGUAUCUUACCUGUGGAUAACGAUGAAAAGGAGUGUAAUAACAGAAACAGAAACCUCCUAGACGCAGUGAACUCUUCUGGGAAACUGUUCCUUUCUCACACUGCUUUGUCGGGAAAAAUAGUACUACGUUGCGCCAUAGGAGCGCCACUGACGGAGGAGAGGCACGUGAAGGAGACAUGGAAGGUUAUCCAGGAAGAAGCUUCACGCUUGCUUGGCAAGUAAAUAAGAAGAAAAACACUUUUAUGAUAAAACCUCAUGUUUUUGCCAACAAACCUCACUCAUGGUUUGGUUUGGUUUAAUUUGAUUUGAUAAUAUACGAAAUAAAAUAAACAUACCGAUGCUGGACAGCCUGGAGUUGUGAACUUCGGUAAAGGUACUCUUGUGUGAUUGUGUGCUUUUCUUUUACCAAUUGUGUGUAUUUUAUCUCCUUUUCCAAUUGUGUGUAUGUGUUUUGGUUUUAACGUAUUGUUGUGGUUAACUAUGUGUAACCAAUGACAAGCAUAUUGUAAGGCUGUAAGCAUAUGCAUAUACAUAAAGAAAUCUAUUAAUCUUUCUAUCAAGUAUAUUUCUGUUGUACAAACAAAGCUUAGACAAAGGAAAAAAAGAAAAGCAUAUUGUAAUAUUGUAACUCGAACGUGUACGUUAGGUGAAUAUUGUUUCAGUGACAAAAACAAAGGUGAAUAUUGUUUUUGCUAUUGCUAUCUCACAAAUAACCCUAUCUUUUAUCUGAUUUCAAUUGUAAAGUUUUUUUUUUAAAUUUGAUUAAUGGAUAAAAUAUUUUGGGUAUUUAUUUGCAAUUGGGUUUGAUUUUUUUUUUCUGUAUAUCCAUUCGGUUUCGAAUUUGGCUCACAUAAAACCCAAAACCUAAAUAGUGCAAAACAUAAUUUGAUUUAGUAUGAGUAUAUUUAAGUUGAUGAGAAAAAAAAAAUCUAAGAUUGAGUUUAACAUCUUUUUUCGUAUAUCUAUUUAAUUUUAAAUUUGAUUCAAGUAAAACCCAUAACUUAAAUAGUGCAGAACAUAAUUUGUUUUUGAAACAAUUUUUCUAGGUUUUACAAUUAAUUAAUAAAAUAUGUAUUUAAAAUGUAGAAAAUAGGUUUUUUUGAAACAAUUUUUUUUCUAGAAUAUGUAAUUUUAAGGAACGGAGGGAGUACAUCCCAAAAUGUAGCCGUUUCAUACUAGUUAUCGUCAUUGCGAGACACAUGGGCUUUCACUACAUUUAAGUGGACCAAAAACUUAUGUUUGGGCCGAGCCCAUCUACGUGUAUCCUCGCGGCAGCAAAUCCCUCUCUUCUCCAUUUCUCUCUCUCUCAUUUCAUCUGUGUUUGUUGCUUCUCGAGGAUGCAGGCAGUUUCCAGGAGACUAGUCCAACGGCCCCUCGGCGGAGGAGCUUCGAUCUAUUCGUCGUCUUCUCUCAGAUCGCUCUACGGAGUAUCCGAUCACCACCUGAAUGGAGCUGAUAACCGUCGAUACUCGUCCUCCCUUGCUACAAAGGGCGUGGGACACCUCGCUCGCAAGGGUACUGGUGGCAGAUCUUCCGUCAGUGGCAUUGUAGCUACGGUGUUUGGAGCCACUGGGUUUCUUGGUCGUUAUCUUGUGCAGCAGCUUGCUAAAAUGGGAUCACAAGUGCUAGUUCCGUUCCGAGGCUCAGAGGACAAUCCUCGACAUCUCAAGUUGAUGGGAGAUUUAGGACAGGUAGUACCGAUGAAAUUUGAUCCAAGAGAUGAAGACUCGAUUAAGGCCGUCAUGGCAAAGGCUAAUGUCGUUAUCAAUCUUAUUGGAAGAGAGUACGAGACCAGAAAUUUCAGUUUCGAAGAGGUGAAUCAUCACAUGGCCGAGAAACUUGCAUUGGUGGCGAAGGAACAUGGUGGGAUAAUGAGAUUUAUUCAGGUUUCUUGUCUGGGAGCUUCUCUGUCAUCUCCUUCAAGAAUGCAGAGGGCAAAAGCUGCUGCUGAGGAAGCUGUCUUGAGCGCACUGCCUGAGGCGACAGUCAUGAGACCUGCGACCAUGAUUGGUACAGAGGACAGAAUCUUGAACCCCUGGGCAAUGUUCGU